AUGACGACCUACCUCCCCUCCCUCACCCUCCCGUCGUUCCUCUUUGAGAACCAGGCCGCCGCCGUCCUCCUCCCCAUUGCUGCCGGCACAGCUGUUGGUUUCUCGACCCGCCCGAAAGACACCCAAAAGACCUACCUCGCCCUCCGACAGCCUCCAUUAAGACCUCCACCAUGGAUCUUCGGCCCGGUAUGGACAGCGCUGUACGGCGCCAUGGGCUAUGCCGCGUAUAGAGCUUGGAGCGCGGGCACGAAUAGUUUCGAUCCGCAGAAGCUGGCCCUCGCAAAGGUACACUAUCCACAAACAUACCAAACACCGGCUUGGAGCAACGCUGAAUCGCUGGAAUAGCAUGGCGCAACUCUCUACACCAUACAACUCGGCUUGAACCUCAUCUGGAUGCCACUCUUCUUCGGAUGGAAGCGGCCCAUCGAAGCGUCCGUCGACAUUGUCACUCUGACAGGUGUCGUUGGCUACUUGUCGUACAUCUGGGGUCAGGUUGACGAGACCGCCGGCUGGCUCCUGGUACCAUACCUCGCCUGGCUGAGCUUCGCCAACUACCUUUGCAUCGGUGAGUAGAACUGGCAUCGCGCUUCGCAACGGACCCAGAGGCUGAUUGGAUCAGGCGCGGGUUACCUGAACAACUGGGAUUUCUCAGGAAAGGAGAAGCCACAGGCUGGCAAGCCGAAGGACACCACCUUCGUUGACGAGAGGCCAUGA